CUUGAGGGUGCACACUGCAGGUAGCCAAAGCAAUCAUGAGCUUGAGCUGGAUGCUGUCGGAUCCAGAGCUUAGCUCAAGCCCAUUCACAUGCAACUUCCCUAGAAACGUUUCUAUAGGGGGAUGACCCUCCCAAGAUGCAUGCGACAGUUCUGCCUAAUAUAAUCUAGCUGUGAGCCUAUGGCACGUAGUAGCUCUGACUGUCACUGACAUUGAUGCUGAAGACAUUUCUGCUUCCGAAAAGCAAUGAUCGAGCUGAUGAAGUCCAACCGUUCCUGAAGGUAGACUUGGAGACGCUGGUUUAUCUGGCGCGGUAUGCAGAGACGUGAGCGACUUCUACGGGAACGCAUGCAGACGCUAGCUUCAGCAUAAGAUACCCAACAGCAAUCUGGCACCCCGAUUGCAUGCAGUAUCACUUAGUCAUCUGAAAAGCUGAUGACCACACUGGGUUGACCACACUGGGUUCGCUCGUCGCAAAGGUUACAUUCACGCACGACGCUUGAGUUCUCAAUUGAACGCGCGCUUCUGGCUGUUUGUGAACUUUCUGAAAAAUCAGGCUGCCGUUACAAAGGUUCUCCUGGGAAGCCCGGGUAUCGCUGCUGGUUGCUUUGACGAGGAUUUCUUGCACGUCUCAAAGUCAAAAGACGGAGCUGAUUGGCACAGCAGAUUGUAUUUUCUUCCUUUGUUUUUCUACUCAGCUUCCAUGGCCAGCUCAAGAGUCUUUGUGGGCACCGGCAGGGGGGUCCACUCCCUGAGCUUGCCAGACGGACACGUGGCCCCCCUGGGACUCCUGAAACAGUUCGUCACCCACGUGGCUGCACGCGAGCAGCACUUGCUCGCCGCGUGCCCCGUCUUUGGGCCAAUCCACGAGAAGCACUACGGGGUCAAGAAAGAAGAGCAGCAAGACGAGGGGGGGCUGUGGCAUUUGGACCUGUCGGCGCCGCAGAAACCCGCGAUACAGAUCUGGAAGGGCGACGCGCGCACUUGCAACAUCGCGCCAGCUUCCGGCGGGGGCAGCCCGAGGUUUUUCGUGGGUAACGAGCCGGCUGAUGUGUUGUUCAGCGACGAUUUUGGGGAGUCUUGGAAUGGGGGUGCGUUCAAGUCGCUUUCCACCCGAGACAAGUGGACCUUUCCCGGUCCCCCCCACGAACCCCACACUUUGAGCAUCGAGUUCUCAAAGGGGGGUGGGAAAGAGUACGUGAUUGCGGGGGUGGAAGUCGGGGGGAUCGCCGUCUCAGAGGAUAGAGGGGCCAGCUGGAAGGAACUAGGGUGGGGGCAAAUGUGCCCGGACGUGCACCGCUGCCGGGCGGACCCGUUUGAGCCGAAUCAUUGGUGGGCGGUUUGCGGGGGGGGCCCGCCGCUGGAAGCGCUGAGUAAGAUCCCCGGGGGUUUGUGGGCGAGCGAGGAUUGCGGCCAAAAUUGGCGCCGCGUCGAGACGCUUUCCAAGCAGUGGUACUUAACCGGAAUUGCAUUCAACCCGUUCCGGCGGGGAGAGAUCAUCGUUGCGGCGGCGGAUGAUCCCCCGUUCCAUGGUGUGGAUUUGUACCACACCGCAGACGGGGGGAAGAUUUGGGAAGAGAUUACCGACAAAGUAUUUCGAGGGGAGCUGGCGAACGAGAAAGGGGAUCAGACUCCGGUGCCGUACUUUGUGAAGGAGGGUGUGCUGAUUGGGACGGAGACGGGGAAGGUUCUGUUUGCGGAGAAAGCAUCCGGAGCGGAGUGGAGGGUUCUGGCGGACGUGCCGAGUCGGGUGACGUGCUUUGCGGCGGACGGACAAAGUCCGUCCUCUACGAUGCAUUGAGCCGCCAGAUUUUAGCUGUGCAACGAGCAGGUUUUCAAUAGUAAGAAUGAGAAAAGAAGCUAGCUUAAAACAGAGUCUGAUUGAGUUUCUCUUUGUACAGAUCGGCUGUCGAAAGUUGAUGAUACGGUCAGAUGGCAUCUUCCAAAAACGAGUGCUUAGAAAUCUUGUCCUCAAGCCAGCCUUGACUGGCGACGUCAAGAUUAGUCAGAACCUGACUUGUGUACGAACUUUGUACUGCUGUCACACGCAAGCCCUGGGACUGUGUAGAUAUUAGUUGGUUGGUUACUUGCCGAAUCUCGUUGAAAUUGCAAGACGUACUCCCCUAUUGCGGCCGUUCCAAGCAGGCACUCAACCGCCUAAAUCCUUAAUUUCGAUCGAUGCAUUCAACGG